CUCAAGAUUAAGUCGGCAAACUACAUGCUCAAAGUCGACGUAACAAACCCUUCUCCAAAUGAAUCCUAUAAUUCUUUGGCAGCCUUGAGCCGAAAUGCCUCUGUUAUAUCUACAUCGAGCUCUGACUCUGGUGAUGACAGCAAUCAAGGACUCCUGUCCACUCCUCCACCACGUCCAGACCGCACCUUUACUUCCCCGCAGUCACGAAGCCCUUCACGGCCGCCAGCUUAUAUUCCAAAAGAACUUCCUAUCGCGAAUGAUUCACCCAAAAGUCGGGCUGCCUCGAAAACGCGGUCGAAAUCACGAGGAGGAAACACCCUAACACUUGGUGACUUCAAUGUCGGAGAAACAAUUGGGGAGGGUUCAUAUUCGACUGUCGUUAGCGCAACCCUUAACCGGACAGGUCAGAAGUUUGCUAUAAAGGUUAUCGACAAGGGGUAUCUGGUGCGGAAACAGAAGAUGUCGGUUGCGCUCGUGGAGAAAGCUGCUCUUAUGAGGUUGGCGGUCGGUCAUCCGGGUGUAGUGCGCUUGUAUUAUGCUUUUCAGGAUCAAUGGAGUCUAUAUUUUGUGAUCGACCUAGCUACCAAUGGCGAGAUGCAGUCUCUAAUAUCAAGGCUCGGAUCUCUCUCUACGCGAUGCUCUCAGUUCUAUACCGCACAGAUCGUUGAUGCACUUGCGUUCAUACACGAUAAGGGUGUUAUCCAUAGGGAUGUGAAGCCGGAGAAUCUGUUAUUAGACGAUCACUGGCGUGUUAAGAUCACGGAUUUUGGAACUGCGAAGAUUCUUGACCACACAGUUGAGGCCGAGAAAUUUGUGGGGACUGCUCAAUACGUCGCGCCGGAGUUAUUAGAAGCAAACGAAACCAGCAGAAGCUCCGACUGGUGGGCCCUAGGAUGCAUCCUGUACCAGAUGAUCGCUGGUCGCUUCACGUUCUCAGGAUUAUCGGAGUAUCUGAUCCUACAGAAGGUCAAGCGAAUGGACUAUUCUUUCCCAGAAUCUUUUGAUAAACAGGCAAAAGAUCUGGUACAGCAAUUGCUCAUUCGUGAUCCCCGAAGACGGCUCGGUGCUGGUGAAAACGGUGAGGAGAACGACGUGUCUGCUAUCCAUUCCCAUCCAUUCUUGGCGGGAAUCGAUUGGGAAGCUCUCUGGAUUUUACCUGUGCCCCCGUUGGAAGCAGGUCUUGUGGAACGAAAACAUCCACUCGCCCAAAACACGGACAAGAAUUGGGAAGAUGUUGGUGCUACUUGGGAUGACGUGCUACAACCUACCGAAGAGAGCGACAGCAUUGAUUGGGUUGCCGGCGCGGAUGUUUCUCCGAAGCAGGUGAUAAUGAGACCAGACGUGUUCUCGAGCCCGCAGAGUUCACCGGUAGAUCUCUCUAUUGGGACUUCCGGAGAAGUCAGAAGCAUGGAGGCGACUUUACCGGAUGGUUCGACUGUGAUUAUUUCACAGCACUCUCGAAGUACUGAACAGAGAGUGAAUUCAGAAUCUCCAACGUCGGGCCCUCCCACACCUCACGAUGAAGCUGUCGCGAGGGUAACGCAAGCGAUGCAGGCAUUGAAACAGCCAACAAGCCGUCUAACUCAUGACUCAAUUACCGAGCAUGAAAGAGGGAGAAGCAAGGCAAUGACACCCAUACAGGGACAUGGCCCGAAGAUUGACCUUCACUUCCUCCUCCACCUACCUGAAGAUGAGCAAAUUGUCUUGCGUUCAUCACUGGAAGCACGUUCAAUGCGCCGACGUGCCAGUAGACUACUCCCCAUCGCGAGUGCACAAAUGAAGCCCAAAAUUCGGGAGCUGAUUCUGACAAACCGUCGGCUCAUGUGCGUCAAGAUGCGUGAAAAGAUGCCGGAGAAUGUGACACUCAAGUCGGAGUUUUGGCUACGGCCUGAGAAAGAUAAGAUUCCCGGAAAUGGGAAGGACAGGGACAGGGAAACUCGUAUUCUUCUGUCAAGCGUAGAAGCCAAAGGGGAGCGAGAGUUCGUUAUUCUGACGUCGCUGAAAAACUACCACUACGCUUCUCGUAAUGCACAGGAGGCUACGAAGUGGGUAGACGAGAUAAACUCGGCGCUUUCAAAUAGAUAGCAUCAACUUUAAGGUAUUCGACAGGUAUUCUGGUAUUUGAUUGUCAUCUCGUUGUCUUGUGUUUGUUACAUUUCACCUGCAUUUUGUUACUCACAAUCAUUUACAUAUUGGGCAUCGAUUGGCAUGUACACGGUUCGGAG